UAACCCGAACAUCACACCACAGGGGGAUUCGCCAUGUUCAACCUACCCAGAAUCUCGCUGCCUUCGUUUCUUCGAUUUGAGGGCGGCAACCACCCAGCCAUCCAUCUGCCAUCGGUAGAAAUCCAUGACACGGAAACCGCGGCGGAAAAACGACCGCGAACGUUGAAGCACCUGCUCAAAGCGAACCAUGCCAACUACUCGAUCAUCUACAACGACCUGCGCUUUCACAACCAUACACCACACAUUCUGGGCUCGGCUUACCUUCUGGGCGCAACAGCGGAGCAUUUAAACGACAUCUACGAGAAGGAGGCUGAGGUGCUUGAGCCGUGGCAUGAUUCUCCUGGAGAAAUCUCUAAGGAGGAUUGGAGGGAAUUUCUGGGCAAGAGAGAGUACCAGCGAGCUUUUGUGGACUUUUUCGAGGACCAGCUUGUGGCUACUCAGUACCAUUUAACGGAGCUGCUGGAUGAGUUUCUGCUGGGUGGGAAGGAGCCGUUGAUUAAUGGGUUGGUCUCGGGACUUGCUCACCCGCUCAUCCAUCUUGGAUACGCCUACGAGCUCGAUUCGAUUACCGUCACGAUUGAAGCUCUGGCGCUCGCCGCCUGCUUCUAUAGCCCCCUCCACAAGUACAUUGACGAUCCGGCGUACACGCGACCCAGCCCUCGUCGAUCGACCUCACUCCUCGACCUCCUCAACCAAGUCCGAGAAGACAAGCGGUUCGACGGCCUGUACGACCACCGCAGCGGCGACACUUCAAGAGUGUUCGAGGAGCGCGAAGACGCACUGUUGGAAUACUGGAAUGCAUGGGAUCUGUCGGAUCCCAAGGAGCAAUUCCACGCGUCUCAGGACGUCGCAGUCGCCCUUCUUGUAGGCACAGAGGCGCCGGAGGACACGAAAUUCGACUUCUUCUUCGUGCACCUGCUGACCUCGUCGCAUGCGGUGCGCAUCCUGCUCCCGCUGGUGCCGGCAAAGUUCCACCUGAGCCUUGUGAGGCAGUGGUGGCUCUUCACACUCGCUGUGUAUGUUGCGCAGACGCGACCAAGACUUGAUGUUGGGCGCAUCGAUGGGUAUGAGUUGAAGGGAAGGAAUUGGAAAUUUGUCAUGCAGAAGGCGCUGAAUGGGCCGAAUGCGUCGGAUGCGCAUUUUGUUAAAGCACUUCGAUCGCUGAAGGUGGCGGAGGAGACGUGGGGUGAAUCGUCACAGUACUAUCUCAAAGCUGCUGUCAAGUUUGCAGAGGAAUUUGAGCAUUGGGGCGGAUUUGGCACGGAAGAGGAUGAGGCCAGGACGGGCUAUGCAGGGAAGUAGUAAGUAGAGAAGUAGUAAGCAGGGAAUCAGUAAGCAGGGAAUCAGUAAGCAGGGAAAUAGUAGAGCAGUAGAGCAGAAAGGAGAGCGCAACAGGCGUCUGAGACGAAGUGUUUUCUGUUGGGCGUCGAGCGUUCUCUAGCUUGGGAGACGAGUGGUCGAAUAGGUUUUGUGUACGUUUCAGGACAGAGAAAGCACGGCUAUGACGAAGCCACAGCAUCAGGAAUCAUGCACAUGCAGCGUUCCAGACUGUUUUUUUCUUUAUUCUCGCAAAAAGCAGUAAAAACAAGGCAGGGACGAUGGCUGCCAGGGUAGCCGAAGGCUUGUCCUUUUGUCAUGUGCUUGAUCUUCAAGAAUGGGCAUAGAUAGAGAAUAUGGAU